AUGGUUUGCUCAAUGUGUGGCCUUGUAGUUGCCGAGAGAGUAAUCGACGUGGGUUCGGAGUGGCGAACUUUCUCAAAUGACGCAAACGCGAAGGACAUGUCUCGAGUUGGUGCUGCUGAAAACCCUCUCUUUGAUGGGGGAGAUCUUUCUACCAUGAUUAGUGGUACAUCCUAUAAUGAUAUGCGUCAAUUCGACGAACAGGGAAGGGCCCUUUACCGCAACCGCCGUAACGUAUCAGGAUCUGAUCGUGCGCUCAUAAAUGCGUUCAAAGAAAUAAGUCAAAUGGCAGAAAGGCUUAAUCUCCCCAAAAGUAUAUCGGAUCACGCCAACCUCCUGUUUAAACAAGUCUACGAAACUAAAAACCUCCGUGGGCGAAGUAACGAUGCCGUUUCCACUGCUUGUCUUUACAUGGCUUGUCGUCAGGAGGGUGUACCCAGGACAUUUAAAGAGGUGUGUGCAGUGACACGGGUCUCCAAGAAGGACAUCGGCAAGGUAUUCAAGAAGAUUCUCAAGACUCUGGAGACCAAUGUAGCCUCUGUUUCGGUGGAAGAUUUCAUGACGCGUUUUUGCGCCAACCUUAACCUCGAUAUUGCCGUUCAGCAGCUGGCCAACACAGUUGCGCGGCGAGCACUCAACCUUAACCUCGUGUCUGGACGAAGUCCCGUCUCUGUGGCUGCUGCUGCUAUCUACAUGGCUGCUUUGGCCCUUGGUUGUCGUAAGGAGAAAAAGGAAAUUGGCGACGUGGCAGGCUGUGCGGAGGCAACAAUCACUUGCACGUAUCGAGCCAUGCACCCGAGGGCGGUGGAACUCUUCCCUGACGAUGUGCGACUCUGCAUUCGCCCAGAAAAGUUUCCCCCUUGA